UUUAAGACAGGGCUGGUCCUUGCCUUUGCAAGUUAACCCCUCGUCGUCCAGGUGGCCCCUGGGCUGCGGGCCCGGUGGGCGGAGGCAGAGGGGGAGCAGGGGCGGGGACUGAGUUGCUCGAAGUCUGGGAGGGAGAGGAGGAGGCCAGGGAGUUGGGAAGGCGGCGGCUGCUGGGCUGCUGCGGAGGAACCCAGGAAGGAGGAACGGACCAGAGCCUGCCCGAAGGGCCCCCGCUGAGCCAGGCGGGCAGUGCCAAAUCCGGGGAGCCCCCCCGCAGCUGGGGGGGAGGGCCGGGGACAGCCCGGCCCUGCCCCCUCCCCGCCACGGGGUGCCCAGCAACUUCUGAGCAAAGUUUGGCACAGACUUCACCCGCCGUGGUGCCCGGAGGAUGGGCAGGGUCCCACUGGCCUGGUGCUUGGCGCUGUGUUGCUGGGGGUGCCUGGCCCCCAGGGGCGCGCAGGCAGAAGAGGAGCAUCCAUUUGUGAGGAGCCCGGGCAACAUCACCCGCGCCCGGGGACUCACGGGGACCCUGAGGUGCGAGCUCAGGCUCCAGGGUGAGCCUCCCGAGGUGACCUGGUUGCGGGAUGGACAGAUCCUGGAGUUGGCGGACAGCACCCAGACACAAGUGCCCCUGGGCGAAGACAGCGAGGAUGACUGGAAAGUGGUCAGCCAGCUCAGAAUUUCUUCCCUGCAGUUGUCGGAUGCGGGGUGGUACCAGUGUGCGGUGGUCCUGGGCGGACAGACAUUCAUGUCCGAGGCUGGCUAUGUGGGGCUGGAAGGCCUGCCAUACUUCCUGGAGGAGCCGGAGGACCGAGCUGUGUCUGCUGACACCCCCUUCAACCUGAGCUGCCGGGCCCAAGGACCCCCAGAUCCCGUGAAGCUACUCUGGCUCCAGGAUGCAGUGUCUUUGGCCCCGGCCCCAGGCCAGGGCCCCCAGGACAGCCUGCACAUUCUGGGUCUGAACAGAACGUCCUCUUUCUCCUGCGAAGCCCAUAACUCCAAAGGGGUCACCACGUCCCGCACGGCCACCAUCACAGUGAUUCCCCAGCGGCCCCACGACCUCCACCUGGUUUCUCGCUGGCCCACAGAGCUGGAGGUGGCUUGGACCCCAGGCUUGAGUGGCAUCUACCCCCUCACCCACUGCACCCUGCAGGCGGUGCUGUCAGACGAUGGGGUGGGUAUCUGGCCAGGCAAGCUAGAACCCCCAGAGGAGCCCCUCAACUUGCAAGCGGCCGUGCCCCCUCACCAGCUUCGUCUGGGCAGCCUCCAUCCUCACACCUCUUACCACAUCCGGGUGUCAUGCACCAGCAGCCAGGGCCCCUCUCCCUGGACCCACUGGCUCCCUGUGGAGACGACGGAGGGAGUGCCCCUGGGGCCACCCGAGAACAUUAGCGCCGUGCGGAAUGGAAGCCAGGCUCUCGUGCGUUGGCAAGAACCAAGGGCACCCCUGCAGGGUACCCUGUUGGGGUACCGGUUGGCGUAUCGAAGCCAGGACACCCCUGAGGUGCUUUUGGACAUAGGACUCAGGCAAGAAGUGACCCUGGAGCUGCGGGGGGACGGGCCUGUGCCCAACCUGACUGUGUGCGUGGCGGCCUACACCGCAGCUGGGGACGGGCCCUGGAGCCUCCCUGUGCCCUUGGAACCUUGGCGCCCAGUGAGUGAGCCCCCAGCUCCUGCCUUCUCGUGGCCCUGGUGGUAUGUGCUGUUGGGGGCAGUGGUGGCUGCCGCUUGCGUUCUCAUCCUGGCCCUCUUCCUCAUGCACCAGCGGAAGAAGGAAACUCGUUAUGGAGAGGUGUUUGAGCCAACAGUGGAGCGGGGUGAGCUGGUGGUCAGAUAUCGUGUCCGCAAAUCCUACAGUCGCCGGACUACAGAAGCAACCUUGAACAGCCUGGGCAUCAGUGAAGAGCUGAAGGAGAAACUACGGGAUGUGAUGGUGGACCGACACAAGGUGGCCCUGGGCAAGACUCUGGGAGAAGGGGAGUUUGGAGCUGUGAUGGAAGGCCAGCUCAACCAGGAUGACUCGGUCCUCAAGGUGGCUGUGAAGACGAUGAAGAUUGCGAUCUGCACGAGGUCGGAACUGGAAGACUUCCUGAGCGAAGCUGUGUGCAUGAAGGAAUUUGACCACCCCAACGUCAUGAGGCUUCUUGGCGUCUGUUUCCAGGGUUCUGAACGAGAAGGCUUUCCGGCUCCUGUGGUCAUCUUACCGUUCAUGAAACAUGGAGACCUCCACAGCUUCCUCCUCUACUCGCGGCUCGGGGACCAGCCCAUGUUCCUCCCCACGCAGAUGCUGGUGAAGUUCAUGGCCGACAUCGCCAGUGGCAUGGAGUAUCUGAGUACUAAACGCUUUAUCCACCGGGACCUGGCUGCCAGGAACUGCAUGCUGAAUGAGAACAUGUCAGUGUGUGUGGCCGACUUCGGGCUCUCCAAGAAGAUCUACAACGGGGAUUACUACCGCCAGGGCCGCAUUGCCAAGAUGCCCGUCAAGUGGAUCGCGAUCGAGAGCCUGGCUGACCGCGUCUACACCAGCAAGAGCGAUGUGUGGUCCUUCGGAGUGACCAUGUGGGAGAUUGCCACACGGGGCCAAACGCCAUACCCCGGCGUGGAGAACAGUGAGAUCUAUGACUACCUGCGCCAGGGACACCGCCUGAAACAGCCCGCGGACUGUCUGGAUGGACUGUAUGCUCUGAUGUCCCGGUGCUGGGAGCUGAACCCUCGGGACCGGCCGAGUUUUGCAGAGCUGCGGGAAGACCUGGAGAAUGCACUGAAGGCCCUGCCCCCUGCCCAGGAACCUGAUGAAAUCCUCUAUGUCAACAUGGAUGAGGGCAGCGGACCCCCUGAGCCCCACGGGGCUGCCGGAGGAGCAGAGCUGCAAGCCCAGCCGGACCCCAAGGAGUCCUGCAGUUGCCUGACGGCAGCCGAGGUCCAUCCUGCUGGCCGCUAUGUCCUCUGCCCUUCCACGGCCCCUGGCCCUGCUCCACCUGCUGGUGACUGGUGUUCCCAGACACCCCCAGGGCAGGAGGAUGCACCCUGAGAUGACCCUCCACCCGAAACUUCCUCUCAGGAUCCAAGCUAGGCACUGCCACUAGGGGAAUCACAUUUCCCACCGCCCCAGCCUGGGCCUGUCCCCGUGCUGCUCUAUCUUCCUGCCCGUUCCACCUGUAUCCCAUACAGAGCCAUGCCUUCUCCAUACCACAGAAUCCCCAUGGGUACCAGGAAGGGGCUGGACUGCCACCUCUGAGGGACUCACAGGUCUGCGCUCUCAGGAAGAAGGAGGCCCUGGGUUUCAGAGAUGCUUGAAUAGUUGGGUCUGAGGACCUGGAAUCCCAACCUGUCUAACUCGGAAGCGUUGAAGUUCUCAGCAAAGAAGGUUCCAGGCUCCGA